GAAUCAAGGAAGCACUUGGUAAGAAGAGGGGAAUUACACAAGGAAAGACAAAUACAUUUAUUUUCAGAUAUAUAAUCAACAUUUUAAAUGGUGCCAUGGCUUCCAGAAAGAGUCUCUCUGGAGAAACUGGUGCGAAGACAAAUGAAUGUCUUAUUCAAAGUGAAUCUACGAAACCCCGGGGUGAGACCUUGAAGAGUGUGCAGUCAAUGGAUGAACUAUUCGACUUCAGUUCAGGCGACUCUUCUGCUGAUGUGAGUCUUAUUCAAAGUGAAUCUACGAAACCCCGGGGUGAGACCUUGAAGAGUGUGCAGUCAAUGGAUGUACCAUACGGCUUCAGUUCAGGCGACUCUUCUGCUGAUGUGAGUAUGAAUCAGGAGGAAUCAAAGUCUUCCACAGGAAGGCGGUUGGACUCUUUUAAGCUGAAGAGGUCCACAAGACUGCUAAGCCCAGAUAACCCAGAAUUCUCUGAAAGAAAGGAGGAGGAGGAUGAGGAGGAGGAGGAUGAAGGUCAGAGAUCUGAUAACCCAGAAUUCUCUGAAAGAAAGGAAGUGGAUGAUGAAGAGCAGAGCAGAGUCAGACAGGGGCUUCGGAAGACACUGCAGGUCCCGACGAACUGGAAUCAUACAGACAUCACUAACACACUUCAGACCAAACAUUCCCCUUUCUGUCUGGUACAACACAAAUCUACAGUAAAGGAAAAUUUCCAUAUAAUUAAUAAUGGAAUAUCAAACCAAGGAAACUCAAUACCUCUACAUGAGAUCUACACAGAGCUGUACAUCACAGUGGGAGGGGGAGGAGAGGUCAAUAAUCAACAUGAGGUGAAACUGAUUGAGGCAACAUCAUGGACACCAGUGACACAUGAAACGCCAAUCAAAUGCAAUGACAUCUUUAAAGCCUCACCUGAAAGAGACAAACCCAUCAGAACUGUACUGACUAAAGGAGUUGCUGGAAUUGGAAAAACAGUCUCUGUGCAGAAGUUCAUUCUGGAUUGGGCGGAAGAAAAAGACAAUCAGGAUGUUCAUGUCAUAUUUCCCAUUCCUUUCAGAGAACUCAAUUUAACAAAUAAAAAGAAUAUAAGUCUGAUGAAACUUCUUCAAUACUUUUUUAUGGAUACAAACGAACUGAGAGCAACAGACUUUAAUGACCUCAAAGUCCUGUUCAUAUUUGAUGGACUGGAUGAGUGUCGACUUCCUCUAGAUUUCCAGAACAAUGAUAGCUUGUUUGAUGAAACAGAAUCAGCCUCAGUUGAUGUGCUGCUGACCAACCUCAUCAAGGGCAAUCUGCUUCCUUCUGCUCUCCUCUGGAUCACCUCUCGACCAGCAGCAGCCGGUCAGAUCCCCCCUGAGUGUGUCGACCAGGUCACAGAGGUACGAGGUUUCAAUGACCCUCAGAAGGACGAGUAUUUCAGCAAGAGAAUAGGUGAUCAGAAUCUGGCCAAUAGAAUCAUCACACACAUCAAAUCAUCAAGGAGCCUCCACAUCAUGUGUCACAUCCCAGUGUUCUGCUGGAUCUCAGCCUCUGUUCUAGAGAAGAUGUUGAGUGAAAAAGAGAGUGCAGAGAUCCCAAAGACUCUCACUCAAAUGUUCGCUCACUUCCUGAUCUAUCUGACCAAACUGAAGACCCAGAAGUAUGAUGGGAAAUAUAAAGUAGAUCUUCAGCAGGCCAAGAGGACCAUCUUCUCACUGGGAAAACUAGCUUUUCAACAGUUGCAAAAGGGGAACCUGAUCUUUUAUGAGGAAGAUCUGAAAGAGUUUGGUAUUGAUGUCAGAGAAGCAUCAGUGUACUCAGGAGUCUGUACCCAGAUCUUCAGAGAGGAGUUAGGACUGUACCUGGGGAAGGUGUACAGCUUUGUUCAUCUGAGCGUUCAGGAGUUCAUUGCUGCUUUAUUCACGUUUCUUUCAGAAAAAGAAACAAAAAGUAGCAUGACAGAUUUACUGAAAAGGGAAGUAGACAAGGCUUUACAGAGUGAAAAUGGACACUGGGACCUUUACCUCCGCUUCCUUCUGGGUCUCUCACUGGAAUCCAAUCAGACUAUCUUACGAGACAUCCUGACACAGACAGAAAGCAGAUCUGACAGCAAACAGGAAAUAGUAGAGUACAUUAAGAUGAAGAUCAAGGAUAAUCCCUCCCCCGAGAAGUCCAUCAAUCUGUUCCACUGUUUGAAUGAACUGGAUGAUCAUUCACUAGUUCAGGAAGUUCAAAAUUUUUUGAGCAGGAUGGACGUCAUUCAUUUCCCUAAAAUCAGUCUUUCUCCUGCUCAGUGGUCAGCUCUGGUUUUUGUGUUGCUGAACUCAAAAGAGGAGCUUGAUGAGUUUCAACUGAGUAAAUAUAAACCAUCUGAAGAAGGUCUUUUGAUGCUGCUGCCAGUCAUCAAAGUUUCUAGAAAAUCUGAUCUACAGAGAUGUAAUCUGACAAAGAAGAGCUGUUCAACACUGGCCUCAGUUCUCAGCUCAAACUCUUCAAGUCUGAGAGAGCUGAACCUGAAUUACAACAACCUGCAAGAUUCAGGACUGAAGCUACUCUCUGAUGGACUGAAGAAUCCUCAAUGUAAACUGCAGACUCUAAAGCUGUCUAACUGCAGUAUUGGAGAAGAAGGUUGUGUUGCUCUGAUUACAGCUCUGAGAUCAAAUCCCUCACAACUGAGAGAACUGGAUCUGAGCUGGAAUAAACCAAGGGACUCAGGAGGGAAGUUACUCUCUGAUCUAUUGAAGGACCCACAGUGUAAACUGGAGAAGUUAUUGCUUUGUAACUGCAGUAUUGAAGAGGAAGCUUGUACUGCUCUGGCAUCAUCUCUGAGAUCAAACCCUUCAAACCUGAGAGAACUGAAUCUGAGCCAUAAUAAACCAGGACACUCAGCAGUGGAACUGCUCUCUUAUCUACUGAGUGAUCCACGCUGUAAACUGGAGAAACUGCAGUUGUGUAACUGCAGUAUUGGAGAAGAAGGUUGUGCUGCUUUGGCUACAGCUUUGAGAUCAAACCCCUCACACCUGAGAGAACUGAAUCUGAACUAUAAUAAACCAGGAGUGUCAGGGGUGAAGCUACUCUCUGGUCUAGUGAAGGACACACACUGUAAACUGGAGAAACUACAGCUGUCUGACUGCUUUAUUACUGAGGAGUGUUUUAAAGCUCUAGUUUCAGGUUUGAGAUCAAACCCCUCACAUCUGAGAGAACUCAAUCUCAAUGGAAAUGAAAUAGGAGACACAGGGGUAAAGCUGUUUUCUGAUCUACUACAGGAUAAUCACUGUAAAUUGGAGAAACUACAGCUGAAAUUGUGCAAAUUUCAAGAAGAAGGUUGUGCUGCUCUGGCUUCAGCUCUGAGAUCAAACCCCUCACACCUGAGAGAACUGGAUAUGAGCAAUAAUAAACUAGACGAUUCAGGAAUUAAGGUGCUCUCUGAGCUAUUGAAGGAAUGGAAAUGUAAACUGGAGAAACUGCAGCUGUAUAACUGCAGUAUUGGAGAAGAAGGUUGUGCUUCAUUGGCUUCAUCUCUGAGAUCAAACCCCUCACACCUGAGAGAGCUUAAUCUGAACAACAAUAAACUGGGUGAUUCAGGAGUAAAGUUGCUUUCCGAUUUACUGAAGGAUCCAAACUGUAAACUGGAGAAACUACACAUCGUUUCCUAAAACAAUCAACUACAAAUGGCAAUCCAAACAACUGAUUUCUGUCAUAAUCAACCGGACAUGCUUACUUUUCCCUACUGGACAUUUCUAUUUAGUUAUUUAGCCAUAUGCUGUAAUGACUUACAGCAAAGUGACUUACAAAUGAGGAACCUGAAAAGAAAUUGAUCAUAAAUGUCCAAAAAUAUUUGCAGUUUACUAUGCCAAUUGAAAACAUCUAUACAAUUUAAAGAAGACAUGAAAUACAGAAGCAGAGAAAAGAGUGUUUCUGAUAGUGCCCAGGAGACUAAGCACUGAACUGGUAGGUGUGACUUGGAGACCUCUCCUCUCCAGGAAACCUUAAGGGUUCUCUUGCCACGAGGUAAGGAUCGAACCAUUCAAGUGCAAUUAUGCUUUUCUGAUGAUCGUUACCUACAGCUAUUUACACAUUUCUGAUCACCAAGAGAGCAGCAUCAAAAGAAAGGAGAGGGAUCACCACCUACAGCAGAUUAGUGGGGUGGGUGUUGAAAAGAGUUUC